AUGGCGUCCUCUUCAAAGCCAGCUUUGACUUCAAACAGGCGGAGGAACCGCAGACGGCGUCAGGACAAGCCUGCCAUUACGGCAAAACUGGUGCUUGACGAUCAUAUCAAGAGCGAUGUCGGCAUAGUAUCCGAAGACAUCUUUCGAGAUCUCUUCCCCCAUCUAGGUAACGCUCAACUCUACCAAGGCGCUACCGAAGACGUCCACCACAUUGCGAUCGCUCCGUGGAUACCCAAUGCCAACCCUACCGACAGUCCAUGGUCAAUUGUACCCAUUAUCGAGUCUUCUGCACUCGCGCCCUCGACCGUCCGAUUCUCACCGUCUUCUGCUUCCCUACAAAGCUUUGCCGUGACGUUACAACAGGUCGCGCCAUCCAAGCUAUCAAGUCACAGCCGCGGCGGAAUCGAGAUCCUCGUGCUUGACGUGGCGCCCGUUCCUCUCGAGACCGUCUUUGUGAGCCUCGAGAGUGAGCUGACGAAACGACUGGAGAAUGGGGAGGGUACCUUCUUCCGAGACCACCCUGCCAGCUCCAAGGCGAAAGGAGCCGAUUCAACUCCGGAUGGGCGCCUUGUGACUUCUCUUCGAGCUGCCCUGAGCAGUCUAAAGGUUGUACACGCAGGCGAUCUAUUUCCACUUCCUCUUCCGCCGCACCCUCUUACACACGUGCCUCCGAACCCCGGAAAGAUCAUGCUGUGCGAGCCUGUUGCUCAAGGUGUUUUAACGGAGUCAACCAAGAUCAUUCUCAUGCGCGGUCGUGUCCAUACCAAGCAAAUACGUCGCGUUGCUUCGAUGACCGCUAGCCAACAGCUUAAUGGUGUACCUGAGGAUGAGGAUGAUACCAGCAACGACCAGUUCUACUCUGCAGCUGAGGAUCGCGAUAAGUCAGGAAUGACGACCGAGGAUGUGGAGUCUGCGACCGAAACCGAGCCAGAUAUGUCUGAUUUCGACAAUGAGGACGAACUAUCAGAUGAUUCUAUGGACGAUAUGAUUUCUUUGCAAGCGCCAACCUUGCCCACUACCAAUGCCAGCGGUGUAUCAACACUACAGCCAGGCACGCCUAUGACGGUUGGGACACUUCGUGGCAGGAAAACAAAUGGAAUCGCAACGCCUGGCUCCGUUUUCUCCAAUUUCACCGCGACCACUGCUCGACCAGACCGACCUCGAGGUCGUCUCUUCAAGGCACAGGGUCUGAUGGAACAAAUUCCGACAGACCUUUUACAUCCGAAGCCAUCCUUAGAAGACGACGAGGAAGCGCGAAUCUAUGUCGAUGUGACAUCGCUGAGCCGUAUUGGAUGCUUUUCUGGAGAUUGGGUACGAAUAGAAGCUGCAGAGGAACCCCCUGCGAAUGGAUUUGGUGCAUUUGGCCUCGGGAGUUUUGGACAAGUUGAGUCAGAGCCUGCCAAGUGGCGACCCGUCCGAGUCUAUGGUCUUCCUGAGGGUUAUUCGCAACGGCCAAUGACCAGAAUACCCAGCGCUAAGCAUGGCGAGAGAAGAUUGUCUUUCUUCGAAUCCCAGAUUCAGCGGCCCGCCAGCCCCACGGCCUACGCCUCACCUAUCCUCUUGGCCAAUCUAGACGAUGCACCCUAUCUGCGUCUUGCGCCCUUAAAAAAGGCGUCGUAUCAAGGCAAGGGGACAAUCCCUCGAUUUACAAGUGCAGCUCGCCCCCCUUACGCUCGGGAUAUCACUAUUCACCACAUUCGAACUCCUAUCUCUGCUGAGCGAGCUUUCCAAACCGCCGUUCUGGGUGGCCUCAAACGGUAUUUCGCACACAAAAUUCGCCUUGUUCGAAGCGGCGAUCUUAUCGCUGUCCCAGUCGACGCUGAGCUUGGCCGUACGCUCCAGGAGAUGCCUGGCGCAGGAGGAUCCGAAGUGGACGAUGUGAUGGCACUCACUGCUGGUGGACAGGAGGGAGGAAAGCAACCUUCUAAGUUCGACAGCGUAGCAUGGUUCAAAGUUGGACAUAUUCAAAUCCAGAAAGCUGAUGAGGACGAAGAUGGAAGUGCCGAGGCUUUCUGGGGAUCAGUUGCGUGUAUUGAUAGUUCAUCUGUUGCAAUGCAUGGUUCAGGCUUCGAAACAAGUCGCAUACCAGGUAUCAAGCAGAGCACAUGGCAAUAUUACCUUGGUCUCAAGAAGACACCCAAGAAGGCAUCGGAGUCGACCCCUGCUCCAAUUCAGGAGCCCGAGUUGCCAUAUGUGUCACCUCUCAGGCGCCAGUUGAGGGAGUUGAUCGCAGCAGCCACUAGCGCUAGAGCGAUUCAUUUGAAGAUGCCUCCUGUCGCAAUUCUGUUAACGUCAACACAUCGAAAUAUUGGAAAGUUGACUCUAGCGUCAGGCGCUUGUUCCGACAUGGGUCUUCAUACAUAUAAAAUCGACGCGUACGAUAUACUCAGCGAGGGAAGCGGUAGUGGAAGCGAUGUGAAAACUGAGGGUUUUCUCAGGACGAGAGCCGAACGUGCCAUGAGUUGUGGUCCUGAUUGUUGUGCUUUACUUGUUCAGCACGUCGAGGCACUCACUGCUGAUCGCAUCGAAUCAACAAUCAAGGAGAUUCUAGAAGAUACACGAGUUUUGAUUGCCACAACGAAUGAGGUCGAUAAAGUACCCGAUGGCGUUCGAGCCUUGUUCACACAUGAGUUGGAAAUGACAGCCCCUGACGAAGCGGAGCGUGAGUCUAUUCUGAAAUCCAUCAUUAGUGAUAGGGGUGUUAGCCUCGAGCCUUCGAUCGACCUCAACUCAAUCGCUCUCAAGACUGCUGCACUUGUGGCUGGAGACUUGGUUGAUGUUGUUGAGCGUGCCUCUAUCGCUCAACAGUCACGACUGGAGCAGCUCUCAGCCAAGAAUACGCAUGAUAACACGAUUAUCACGGUACGAGAUGUGCAAGUCGCUGGUGGCCCUCUUGCCCGCUGUCUUACCAAGGGGGAUUUUGAGAUUGCCGUCGAGGCUGCUCGCAAGAACUUCUCUGACUCUAUCGGUGCACCCAAGAUCCCCAAUGUUACCUGGGAUGAUGUUGGUGGUCUCAACAACGUCAAAGAAGCCGUUACUGAGACCAUUCAACUACCACUCGAGCGCCCUGAGCUGUUUGCGAAGGGUAUGAAGAAGCGAUCAGGCAUUCUGUUCUACGGUCCUCCCGGAACUGGAAAGACAUUAUUGGCCAAGGCGAUCGCUACUGAAUACAGUCUCAACUUCUUCAGUGUUAAGGGACCAGAGCUUCUCAACAUGUAUAUCGGAGAGUCCGAAGCCAACGUUCGACGCGUGUUCCAACGUGCUCGCGAUGCUAGACCUUGCGUCGUCUUCUUCGAUGAGUUGGAUUCAGUGGCACCCAAGCGUGGCAACCAAGGCGACAGUGGUGGUGUUAUGGACCGUAUUGUCUCCCAGCUUCUGGCAGAACUGGAUGGUAUGUCUGGAGGUGAUGAUGGCGGCGGCGGCGGUGUUUUCGUUAUUGGAGCAACCAACAGACCAGAUCUUUUGGACCCUGCCCUUUUGCGACCUGGUCGAUUUGAUAAAAUGCUUUACCUUGGUGUCUCUGACACCAACGACAAGCAGCAAACCAUUCUGGAAGCUCUGACCAGAAAAUUCACACUUCAUCCAUCAGUAUCCCUCGCUUCAGUGGCAGAGAAACUCCCCUUCACAUAUACCGGUGCCGAUUUCUAUGCCCUUUGCAGUGAUGCAAUGCUGAAAGCCGUUACACGGCAAGCCACAGCUGUGGACAACAAGAUUCGCGCCAUCAAUUCCGAUCCAGCAACCCAACAUCCCAUUUCCACGGCAUAUUAUUUUGAUCACUACGCCACCCCUGAAGACAUUGCCGUUAUGGUUCAGGAAGAAGACUUCCUGGCGGCUAACGAUGAGCUCGUGCCCAGUGUCAGUGCUGGCGAACUGGCUCACUAUGAACACGUCCGGGCAACCUUCGAGGGAGUCCGAGAGAAAGAGCCGGAAAACAAACCACCUCCAGUCCAACGUGUUGUCUCAGGGGCGUCGACAUCAUCCAAGGGCAAGGGCAAGGCGGUUGCUUCAGGAUCGAGCAAGGGCAAAGGCAAAGCGAUCGCAUUGACGAGCGGCGACGAAUUUGAUGAAGAGGACGAGGUGGAUGACAUGAAUGGCAGAUCUAAGGGUAAGGGCAAGGCACCUAUGGGAUUCCAAGAUGGAACAGCCAGCGAUGACGAUGGAUUAUAUUAG